AUGGGCCCUACUCGCUCGCCGGUGCGGUUCCGCACCCUCAACAACCGGGUGAUCCCGGUGUCGCUGCCAGAGGAGGAGGUGGACGACGCCACGACACUCGCCACGUUCUGGGACCACGCGCGCGGCAGGUUUCUUGAGGCCCAGGGCCGCAAGAAGGGGGAGCAGGGCGCGGGCGCGCCCGACCAGGAGCAGGAGGAGCCCCUGCUGUUUGGUGGCAUGGCCGGAAACUGCAAGCCGCGCAACCCCAACGAGACGCUGCGCAUGAUGGGCAUGUGGCUGGGCCGCGGCAUUGGGCCCAGCACCCUCACAGUCAUCCCGGUCUGGCGCCAGCUGCAGGCGCUGCCAACAAAGGCCGCCAACAGCAUCCCUGACCCCUCCUCCGGCCUGCCCGUGCGGCCACCCGCGGCGUUCAAGACGAAGCAGCAGCUGGGAGGCGGCGAUGGCCACGUGCUGCUGCUGGAGCACUUUGAGGAGCGCCCCAUGUUCAUGCUCCAGCCCGGCAUGGGCGUGCGGCUGGGCACCUACUAUCGCCGCCGCGGCGACGACGACACCGGCCACGCGGCGCUGACGGCGGAGCUGCGCAGCGCGCGCGCUGAGGGGCAGGCCCUGCCGCCCACCAGUGCAGAGCCCAUCCCGCCGGGCGCCCCCCGCCCCCCAUGGAUGAUAGGCACGGCGCACACCCUUGAGCCGGACAGCCCCUCACCCUUCCUGGACCUGGGACAGAUCGCCCCUGGCACCACCCAGUUUGCAGUCGACGCCGGAUGUUACAGGGCGCCAGCCUCGGCGCACACCACGGCCGCGACCGACUUCCUCCUGAUCCGCACCGCCGGCAGCGCGGCGCUGCAGCUGCGCGAGAUCACGGGCACCGUCCUGGUGGGGCAGCAGCACCCCGCGGCGCCGGUGUGGGCGCCGGGGUCGCAGGAUGCGGUGCGCUUCGAAGAGAGCCGGCUGCAGGCGUACGUGCGUCGGUCGCUCAUCAACGCGCAGCAGCGGCUGGAGAAGCGGGCAGACGCGUCCGGCGUGCCCCCGCAGGCCACCGUGAGCCUGGCUGAGCUGAUCAGCAAGUUCUCCAGGACCGGCCUCAGCAAGGAGGGAGCCAUUCAGAAGCUGCUCACCGAGGACUGCGAGUGCGUGCCUGUGGGCGCCCCGGCGGAGGGGCUGUACGCGCUGCGGCCUGACGCCAAGCAGCUGUCAGAGGCAGAGCUGCGCAAGCUGGUGACCCCUGAGCUGUGCGCGCGCUACGAGGCGCUCCUGGCCGGCAUUGGAUUCCGCAACAGCAUGGGCCUCAACGUGGGGGCGCUGGCGGAGAUGGAGGCCAUUCGCGAGAAGGCGCCGGAGCGGCUGGGGGUGGCCCUGGAGCAGCUGCCGCUGCACUCUGAGGGGCGGCAGGCGGCCGCAAUCGUUGAGAUGGCCCUGGUGGCCGCCCCCUGGCACCUGUCUGAGGCUUACCAGCACGUGCUGCGCGAGGGCCGCCCCGGCAUGCUGCUGGCCCUCACCGGCAUUGGGGAUCCCACUGGACGCGGCAGGGGCUUCAGCUUUGUGCGUGAAGACGCGCGGCGGCUGGCCAGGGAGGAGGCCAAGCCUGCAGAGGGGCUGGCGCGGCGCGAGGACGGGACCAUCACGGGCACCGAUGCGGACCUGCGCAAGCUGCCCCACGCGCGCGCGGGCGAGCUGCUGCGCACCAAGUUCAACAUGAGCGCCGAGGAGGUGGACGCGCUGGGCCGCUGGGCGCGCAUCGAUGCCAUCCGCACCAAGUGCAGACCCUCGCGCCUUGCCGAUGCAACAAACCCGCCCAUCCGCAACUAA